AUGGCGUCCAAGGACGGCGACGCGGCGAACAAGUUCCUCUUCUCCUUCUCCGCCAGCACGCACAACAACGACGCGGCCAAGGAGGGCUCGAGCCCCUACUGGGACGAGCUCUGGAAGGGCGGCAUGCCCGCCGGCGAGGCCUUCGACGCGCCCGCGGGCUGCGAGGCGCUGCGCCGCUACCUCGAGACCAUGGACCUCAAGGGCGACGAGGUCGCGCUCAUCCCCGGCGCGGGCCGCGGCCACGACGCGAUCGUUCUCGCGGCGCACGUCGGCAGGGUCGUGUCGCUCGACAUGAGCCCGCACGCCAUCGCCGCCGCCAAGGCCUGGCACGCGGAGCAGGCGUCGCCCGGCGUCGACAAGGUCGAGUUCGUCGAGGGCGACUUCUUCGAGCACGAGGGCGCCUACGACGUCAUCUUCGACUGCACCUUCCUCUGCGCGCUGCACCCGCGCGCGCGCGAGCGCUGGGCCAAGCAGGAGACGAAGCUCCUCAAGCCCGGCGGGCGCGUCAUCAGCCUCGUCUUCCCCAUCGAGUCGUCGUAUCGGACGUCGGCCAUCCAGCUCGUCCGCUACUACAUGGCCGGCCCGCCCUACACGAUCUCGACGGCCCUCGUCGAGCAGCUGCUCAACGCCGAGGCCGACUACGAGACGGAGCACUGCUCCGCGGAGCACCCGCACCUCGCGGGCAACCCCAUGGGCGCGACGAGCGCGCUCCUCGUGCUCAAGAAGAAGUGA